CCUACAUCCCGCAUCUCUCCAGGGAGAAAGAAGCAUGGAGCUCUCAGAGCCCGAGCUGAUCCGGCAGAGCUGGCGGGCGGUGAACAGCAGCCCUCUGGAACAUGGCACUGUCCUGUUCUCCAGGCUCUUCACCCUGGAACCCAGCCUGCUGCCUCUUUUCCAGUACAAUGGCCAACAGUUCUCCAGCCCUGAGGACUGUCUCUCCUCCCCAGAAUUCCUGGACCACAUUAGGAAGGUAAUGCUGGUAAUUGAUGCUGCAGUGACCAACGCGGAGGACCUGUCUUCUCUGGAGGAGUACCUGGCUGGCUUGGGCAGGAAGCACCGGGCUGUGGGAGUGAGGCUCAGCUCCUUCUCGUGGGUGAGUCCCUGCUCUACAUGCUGGAGAAGUGCCUGGGUCCUGACUUCACACCAGCCACAAAGGCCGCCUGGAGCCAACUCUACGGAGCUGUGGUGCAAGCCAUGAGCCGAGGCUGGGAUGAGGAGUAAAGGAAGGGCCAGUGCCCUCUCCUAUCUCUCUGUCUGUCUAUCGAUCUGUCUGUAGUAGCCUCAGCCUCUCCCCCACGGCUGCCCUGCACCUUGGCCCUCAUGCCCUUGGCCAUCCUAGAGAGGUGUUGGGAAAGGGCUCUGUCUCAGAUCCCGGUCAACUGCAGAGAGGUGGUUUUUCUUUCCAGAAGAGACUUUGGGCUCCCCUCGUCCCCAUAGAUGCACCCUGCAUGCCUGAUUAGCUCUCCCCAUGAAGAAAAUAGUUUGGGUAGUGAGGUGGCAUGGG